AGCCUGCGGCCCGCUGCAUGCCGGGCCGGUGGCGGGCAGUACCUGGGCUCCUAUCAUGGCGGCGAAGCUGGCCUCUGGUAUUUGGCUUUGGGCUACGCUGCUUAUCCCAGCAGCCGCAGUCUAUGAAGACCAAGUGGGCAAGUUUGAUUGGAGGCAGCAGUAUGUUGGGAAGAUCAAGUUUGCCUCCUUGGAAUUUUCUCCUGGAUCCAAGAAGUUGGUUGUGGCCACAGAGAAGAAUGUGAUUGCAGCAUUAAAUUCUCGCACUGGAGAGAUCUUGUGGCGCCAUGUUGACAAGGGCACUCCAGAAGGGGCUGUGGACGCCAUGCUGCUCCAUGGACAGGAUGCAAUCACCGUGUCCAAUGGAGGCCGAAUCAUGCGUUCCUGGGAGACUAACAUUGGGGGCCUGAACUGGGAGAUAACCUUGGACAGUGGCAGUUUUCAGGCCCUUGGGCUGGUAGGCCUGCAGCAGUCAGUGAGGUACAUUGCAGUCUUGAAGAAGACCACACUUGCCCUCCAUCACCUCUCCAAUGGUCAUCUAAAGUGGGUGGAACAUCUUCCAGAAAGUGACAGCAUCCAUUACCAGAUGGUGCAUUCCUACGGCUCUGGAGUGGUGUGGGCCCUUGGAGUUGUUCCCUUCAGCCAUGUGAACAUUGUUAAGUUCAAUGUGGAAGAUGGAGAGAUUGUUCAGCAGGUCAGGGUUUCGACUCCAUGGCUACAAAGUCUCACCAGAGCUUGUGGUGUGGUGGAUGAGGCUGUCCUGGUGUGCCCUGAUCCAAGCUCACGUUCCCUCCAAACUUUGGCCCUGGAGACAGAGUGGGAGUUGAGGCGGAUCCCACUGCAGUCUCUUGACUUAGAGUUUGAAAGUGGAUUCCAACCCUGGAUCCUGGCCACACAGCCCAAUCCAGUGGAUCCCUCUCGGGCCCAGUUUUUCCUGCAGCUGUCCCCGAGCCACUAUGUUCUGCUGUACUACCACCAUGGGGUCCUGAGUUUGCUCAACAACUUUCCACAGACUGCCCUAGUGAGCUUUGCUACCACUGGGGAGAAGACAGUGGCUGCAGUCAUGACCUGUCGAAAUGAAGCACAGAAACCUGGCAAUUCUGAAGAUGGGUCAAUGGGGAACUUUUCGGAAAAAUCUAGUCCAAAGGACUCCCUGACCUGCUUCAACCAGACCUACAGCAUUAACCUCUACUUAGUGGAGACAGGCCGGCGGCUGCUGGACACCAUGAUCACGGUUAGCCUGGAGCAGAACAGCACCCGGCCUGAGCGGCUGUACAUUCAGGUGUUCCUGAAGAAGGAUGACUCUGUGGGCUACCGGGCCUUGGUACAGACAGAGGAUCAUUUGCUGCUUUUCCUGCAGCAGCUGGCAGGGAAGGUGGUGCUGUGGAGCCGGGAAGAGUCACUGGCAGAAGUGGUAUGCCUAGAAAUGGUGGAUCUCCCUCUGACUGGGGCACAGGCUGAGCUGGAAGGAGAAUUUGGCAAGAAGGCAGCGAUUCAAGACGGCUUGCUGGGGAUGUUCCUGAAACGCCUCUCGUCUCAGCUCAUCCUGCUGCAGGCGUGGACUGCCCACCUCUGGAAAAUGUUUUACGAUGCUCGGAAGCCUCGGAGUCAGAUUAAGAAUGAGAUCAACAUUGACACCUUGGCCAGAGAUGAAUUCAACCUCCAGAAGAUGAUGGUGAUGGUAACAGCCUCAGGCAAGCUUUUUGGCAUUGAAAGCAGCUCUGGCACCAUCCUGUGGAAACAGUAUCUCCCCAGUGUCAAGCCAGACUCCUCCUUUAAAUUGAUGGUCCAGAGAACUACUGCUCAUUUCCCCCAUCCUCCACAGUGCACCCUCCUGGUCAAGGACAAGGAGACAGGAAUGAGUUCUCUCUAUGUCUUCAAUCCCAUUUUUGGGAAAUGGAGUCAGGUGGCUCCCCCAGUACUGAAGCGCCCCAUCUUGCAGUCCUUGCUUCUACCCAUCAUGGAUCAAGACUAUGCCAAGGUGUUACUGUUAAUAGAUGAUGAAUACAAGGUCACAGCUUUCCCGGCCACUCGGAAUGUCAUGCGACAGCUACAUGAGCUUGCCUCCUCCAUCUUUUUCUAUUUGGUGGAUGCAGAGCAGGGACGGCUAUGUGGAUAUCGGCUGCAAAAGGAUCUCGCCACUGAAUUGAGUUGGGAGCUCACCAUUCCUCCAGAGGUACAGCGGAUCGUCAAGGUGAAGGGGAAGCGCAGCAGCGAGCAUGUCCAUUCCCAGGGCCGGGUGAUGGGAGACCGCAGUGUGCUCUACAAGAGCCUGAACCCUAACCUACUGACUGUGGUGACAGAGAGCACAGACACGCACCAUGAGCGUACUUUCAUUGGCAUCUUCCUCAUUGAUGGAGUCACUGGACGCAUCAUCCACUCCUCUGUGCAGAAGAAAGCCAAGGGCCCUGUCCACAUUGUGCAUUCUGAGAACUGGGUGGUGUACCAGUACUGGAACACCAAGGCUCGGCGCAAUGAGUUUACUGCACUGGAGCUCUAUGAGGGUACCGAGCAAUACAAUGCCACUGCCUUCAGCUCCCUGGACCGCCCCCAGCUGCCUCAGGUCCUCCAGCAGUCAUAUAUCUUCCCCUCCUCCAUCAGUGCCAUGGAAGCCACCAUCACUGAGCGGGGCAUUACUAGCCGACACCUGCUGAUUGGGCUACCUUCAGGAGCAAUUCUCUCCCUUCCCAAGGCCUUGCUGGAUCCCCGCCGUCCGGAGAUCCCAACAGAACAAAGCAGAGAGGAGAACCUAAUCCCGUAUUCUCCAGAUGUACAGAUACAUGCAGAGCGAUUUAUCAACUAUAACCAGACAGUUUCUCGAAUGCGAGGUAUCUACACAGCUCCCUCAGGCUUGGAGUCUACUUGUUUGGUUGUGGCAUAUGGCUUGGACAUUUACCAAACCCGAGUCUACCCCUCUAAACAGUUUGAUGUCCUGAAGGAUGACUAUGACUACGUGCUAAUCAGCAGUGUCCUCUUUGGUUUGGUUUUUGCCACGAUGAUCACUAAGAGACUGGCACAGGUGAAACUCCUGAAUCGUGCCUGGCGGUAAAGAUCAAGGACUCAAUACCAGAAUGCUGACAGCUAAGGGGGAAUGGAUGUCAGACAGUAAGCUACAAGUGGCACUUUGACAUAUUGGUGGUGGAGUACGUGUAUCAGGUGCUCAACUCAGCUAAGACUUGUGGUGAAGGAGAAUGGACUUUCAUGUAGAACUCCUUCUGGGUUUGCAUGAUGCAGAGUCCUCCCAUGGACAGAGACUGAACUCACGCUCCCUCAGCUGAGAAUCUCACAGUAUAUUGAUGGAUUUGCUCCUAAAACCCAAAGGCCACUGCCCAGUUUCCUUUCUUUGACCACCAAUGAAUGUUCUGAUUUUUGGUAAGACCUCCCACAGAUUUUUUACUUUUGUGAGGCCUGUUUGAAUUGAUUUUUGUUUGCCUUCUUCAUUUCCUAGGUUAAGCUACAAAUCUUUCUGUUUUCCUGCUUCUUGUUUCAAAGUCAGAAGGGAACUCUUAUGACAACUCCAGCCCUACAGGUACAUUUGCAGUUUUUACACUGGUGAGAAGUAAGAUCUUUCUGGCUGAGAUUCAAGGAGUGAUACAGCCUUUUGUGGCUCCUCUCCAAAGUUACUUGGGGUUGAGGAAUCCAUAUAUGUUGUCAAUCUUAUUUUAACUAAGCCUCUAGUUUCAUGCUCAUUUAUUAGGUUGGGCCACCCAGUCUUUUUUUCAGUUUAUCAAAAACCAAUUGCACAACAGGUUUUUUUUUUUUUUUUUUUUUUUUUUUUUGCCCAUGCUUUUUACCUCAGGUGUGCCAGAACUGAGGCCUUUUUAAAACUACUGAAUUAAAAACACUGAGGACCUUGAAAAGAUUUCAAGAGCGGAGAUAAUCUGACCAUUUCAUGGUACUUCACAAUCUCAUUUCACCCAAGGCUGGUCUGGUCAUUUUAUGGCCUGGUUAGAAAAAAGGUGUCCUUGUUUAAUAACCCCAUUAUUUAUUUUUAGUUUCAGAUAUAAAUUAACUAUAUUUCUUUUAAGAUGAGCAGAUCUUAAAUGUUGAUCUAACCUUUGAAGCGUUAGUAAAGAGGAGAGAAACAGUAGGGGUAGGGGAUUGGCUUACUGAGGGUGUAGCAUGGCUGAUGGGCUGGGCUGUUGUGUCUCUGCUACAAAGUACAGAAAUCCUAAAGUGUUCCCUUGCUCAUGGAUUUGGGAAAUGAUGUUUUGUUUUCUUUAUUGUGAAGAAUGAAAUGUACAGAGAGCAGACCAUAUCUAGCCCUGCAGACAGGGAGAUACACUCAAGUGUCUGAAUAAAGUGAGUGAUGAAUGACAGUGA